AUGGGAUUGACUGAUUUUUUCGUCCUUUUAGGGUUAGUCCACUCGUCUCUGCUUAUUGAGAAGGCUAUAGCUGACGUUGGCAUAUUUUCUUCCGAUGGAAACUCCGUUCGCACGACCAGCACCUUGCACCGCCAAUCAUGGACGAUGAGUCCAGAUGGCUGCCGCGUUGGCAAGGCCGGGAACUUAGUUGUUACUCCUCUCGGUGGUUCUGCUGCUGACGGCAGGGAAAUUUUGGACACCCAAAGGACAGGACCACAGCUUUGCGCCUGGCUUUCGAUGAUGGAGAAGGCCCACUAUGAAAUGUCAUCUGCAUGGGAGUCGAGACACAAUCGUAAGAGGUCUCAGGUAUCUCGCUGGAACAUACUCAGAAGAUUUCUACUAUGGACUCGGAGUUUCCCUGAGCUAGAGUUUCAGGUGGAGGUUCGCUACAUAUCUUUGUGGAACAAGGACCGAUUUGGGCACCCGAUGCCGUGGGCCAGUGUGGUAUUUAGGUAUAUUUGCCCAGAAAGCGACCGUAGCUACGGGCUGCUGGAUCACCUUUGUGGUGCAGUUUUUUCACAAGGCAAGGACCCUCGCGUUGGAACGGAAGUCUAUCUUCUUCUGCAGCCGCGCACCGGCUACAAUCGUCCACUAGAUGUACGUGCAAGCAACUGGCAGUACGUAUCGGGAGCCUUAUCAGGCCUAAGAGGUGCAAGGACAGAAUCUCAAAGGGAGGCGGAUGAAAAAUGGAUGUGGUUAUCAUCUACAUAUAGUCGGUUGAACUCUAUUAUGACGAUAUCAGGCAAAGUUGAUGACUGCUGGAUGAACGGUGGAGAAUGCUAUUUCAAAUGGUUAUUGCGUGUGGAGUGGAGGCUCUUCAGUGAAACAGUAUGUGAGCGCUUACAUCGGGAUGCGAAUGCAGGAUUUGGUGGUGCACUCAAGGCUGCAGCGUUACAAAGUGUUCAGGUGAACAUCACCGGGAUGGAUUUAUUCAAUUUCUCCAGCCCACUCCUGUAUGGCGUCUUAGAUGAAGGAAUAUUGCAGCUUAACGCUGGGUCGGGCUUCGUAACGCUGGAAGUGGAUACAAACCCAUUCAAUCCCCCUAACUUCGAACGUGCGAAAUCCACAUCACAAAAUGUUAGAGCGGCAUCCAUGCUUUUUAAGGGCGUUAGAAGUUUCUUCGGUGCGAGGAGUAAGGAAGACUCAUGA